AUGGAAAACGGCACAGUCACCCAGGGUGAGGGUAAGGACCCGUCUGGGUUUCUGAGCGAGAUCAUUGGGAAUCCCGUGACCGUCAAGCUCAACUCGGGUGUUGUUUACAAGGGCGAGCUCCAGUCGGUGGACGGCUACAUGAACAUUGCGCUGGAAAAGACCGAAGAAUACGUCAACGGCGUCAAGCGACGGAGUUACGGUGAUGCAUUCGUCAGGGGGAAUAACGGUCCGUAA